CCCCAGGCAGACUUGUAAAAACCCAAAAAGUCUUUCUGCCACCCGACGGGACAUAACUGUUCAUUUAAUCAAAGCUCCGUCAGAUGAUCAUGUGAAGUGAAGGGCUUUUUGGGUUUGUCGGUGCUUUUUACAAACCUUUAGGUCCUUUACUAGCCAACCAUGUCGGUGUUCUCUCCAAAGUCCUCCUCUUGCUGAAGUUCGGCUUUACGGAGGACGGGGCAACCUGACUCUUGGUGAUUUUGAUCAUCCCAAGUUUACCAGCUUAACGGGUUGAGGAACUAGCGGGAUGAGUUCACUUGAAGUCUCUGACCUGAAAUGUUCUAAAGGCUUUGAACUGAAGUGUAAAUGUGGGCUGACGGCAGAACGAAGAGUAUCAAGAACACGUGCAAACCUGUUUAGGUUGUUCUAUAAUUGUCCUAAGAGUGAUUUUGCUGAUCAAUGUGAGUUCUUUGAGUGGGCUGAUGAUCUCUCCCCAACUGGUGAUAAGCAUUUGGACGAGAUAAAUGAAAUUAGCAGUGAGUGCAGACGGUUACAAGAAAGAAUUGAUCUCAUCCGAGAAGAACAUGACACUGAAAGGGCUGCUUGGAUCAGGGAAAGGGAGCAGCUAAUGUCACAAUUAUUAUCUGUUAAGAUGGAGCUUGAUCAGAUGAAGACCAGAAUCAAGAUAGUGCAUGAGUCAGAUCUUAUGCCUCCUUAUGAUGAAAAAUUAUCUAACCCAAAAGAUGAGGAGGAUGAUCCAGUGGUGAUACAAACUGUUUAGACAGAGCAGCAGUUGCAUCUGCUAUCAAGCAUCCGAUAGUGAACUGUUGACCCCAUUUUGUUAACUAUAGGAGCAAUUAUAAUAUAUUUUGUAGAGCUUCUCGUGAUUAUGUUUUGGUCCCUCCUGGCUAAGGCUUAUUAGGCGUCUUGAUGCUAAUAUGGAUAACAUAUGAUGUGAUGGAGACAUGAGAGGCUAACUUGAAGCGUGGCGUGUGUCUUGUUCCCAUGACCUAGUUUCUACCCUGUAUAUAUAAAUGUUUAUGACGACUUCGUGUGAAUUAUUUUGUUCUA